UAUUUCUUGUGGGAACAAUUUUGAAGAAUAAAAGGAGUAUCUUUAUUGUUUUUUUUUUCUUUUUAUGUUGAUGUUAUUAGUUAUUGAUAUGUAUAUCAAAAGUAAAACUUUAAUGACCCGAACUCAUAAUUGUGUUUUUUGUCAAAAGUUUUAUGGGUCUUCUCUAUCAUCAUAUCAACAUAUCGAUUAAUUUCUUUCAAAAAAAAAAAGAGAUCGAUUAAUUACAUAUAUUCAUUAAUUUAUAAUUGUUAAGACAAAAAAAUCAAAAAAAUUAGGUUAAUAAAAGUAUUUCUUCAUUUGUAAUUAAUUGGUUAUUGUUGGGAUAGUUUAUCCCACAUCGACAAAUUAAGAUGGUGUACACAUUUCAUAGGCUAUUGAGGACCUUCUUUCCAUUGCCAUAUGGUUUCGGAAUAGUAUAUAUCUCUUUGGCUUAUGAAGUGUGUGCACCUCGUAUUCCUGUUAUUGUGUUGACAUUCACAAUAAAUCCAGAUAGAUCUAGAAUAGUCAUCAACUAUCGUCAAAAAAUAACGAGCUCCGCACGACAAAACAUAUCUAUACGGGCCCCACAAAUCACAAUGUAUGAAUGUUGCUAAAUAUAAUGAUCACAAUAUUUUUAGCAAAAUAUUAAAAAAAAAUCCAUAAUAUAAGUAGUAGCCGAGUAACGAUGAUUCUAGCAUGUUCUGUUAAGUAAAGUACAAUUUUUUAAAAAUAAAAUUAUAAAUAUAAGGUACUAAAUUAUAUAUACAUCCCUAAAAGGUACAAAAUAAUUAAAUAAUUGAUUUUAAGAAAUUCAAUUAAUUAAACUUUUGCUUAAUUCAAUUACCACCAUCAUCUGACGACCGAUCGACUGACUUCUUGCUCGUUGGAUUACUUGUAUACUUCUAUAAUCGAACUCGAAUUAAUUAAAACCAGUUGGUGUUGACAUUUUUUCAUUAUUCUUUUCAUUUGAGGGAGGAGGAGGUUAGUUACUUUAAACUAAUCAUAUAUACUUCUCAAAUCGUAUUCGAUCUUAAUUUGUGAAAAUAAUAUAAAAGAAAAGUAAUUAUUAAUAAAAAUAUUGUGAAAAUAAUAUAAAAGAAAAGUAAUUAUUAUAAAAAUAUGUCAAUUUAAUAAGAUAGUAUAGUAUAUUCAGAUUACAUGUAUAUUUUUAUCUUUGAUAAUACGCUAGAAAAUAUCUCAUAUGUGAUUCUACAUUAAAAAAUUCAAGAGGAAUUGAUUAUUAUAUAAGGUUGGUGAACAACUGUUUUUAUUAUCAAUUGGUACUAAAGCUUAAACUCUGUUUAUGUGGGUUUUUUUAGUCAUAUUAAUUGAUCAAAUAAGUUAAAAAUAUAUCAACUAUUAAUUAUUUGUCAAAUACAAUAACGCAGUUAAUUGGAUAAAGAAUGUGAUGACAAGUCAUCUACAUUCUACUGAUCUUAACUAUUGUUACAAAUUUGGCUCCAAGAAGUGCUUAUUAUGGCUAAAUUCAAUGCAACAGAUAACCAAGUUAGAAUUCCAGAAUUCUAAUUGGAAUAUGGUGGCUGUUUUUUCCCUACAAAUUAAUGUUUCCUGCCUAACAUUUACUAUGAAAUCUGAAUUUUCUAAAAAAUAAUCCAAUUAGCUUAGUAACUACUCAAUUUUCUAAAAGUAAUGGACAAAUCAUAUCAGAACCCUUCUAAAGAGAAUAAAGAAAAAUGUGCUUAUAUUAAAUCCCCAAAUAAAGAUAUCAGACCCUUAUAAUACAAAAGGAGUAAAGAGUGAUCGUACGAGAAAAAUUACCUAUUAAAUUUUGAUCCAAUUCGAUCGAUUUGACCGUUUUUCUAAAAUUGGGUGAAUUUUUGAGUGUUACGUCAAUGUAAUUGAGUUGUCACUAUUAUUUUGUCAAUUUUUAUUAUUGAGUACAUUGAUAUUGCACAAUCAUGACUUGAAAAAUUGUCUUUUAUAAUUUAAGGAAAAAUUGACAUGGUAUAUACUUUUAAGUAUUUUAUAGUGAUUGAAGUAACAUAAUAAUCCUCUAUUCGGCACUAAUGUUCCAUUUGCUUUUUGAAUAUUAUUCAUCUCUUAUUUUUAAUUUAUAUUUUAUUAUUAAUCUGUAAGUUAAAAUAUAGUCAUGUGAGAUUUGUCUUAAUGCAAGGAUUAUUUAUAUCAAUUUUCAUAAUUUUUAAUAAUGCACAAUUAGAGAUAUUAAGGAUUGAAUAAGUGCAUUAAAUAGAGUGCAUAAAGUAAAUGAGACAUUAAUAGUGAAUUGAAGGAAGUAAUAAAUCUAUAUCACUACAACAAAAUUAACUUGUCGUGACAUAAAAUUUGGUGACAUUGAAAAAAAUGUUACUGAUUUAUAUUUUUAGUGUAAUAAUUGUUGGUUUUUAUUUUAAACUCUACUAUAAACUGAUUUAGUGACACUUUAUUUGACCUUUAGUGACAUAUGUAAUUAUUACUACAGUCUAUAGUGGCAUAUACUAUGUCACGAAAAGCUUUAGUAUAAUUUUUUAUUAUAAUGCUAAAGGCUCUAACAAAUGUCCCUAAAUUCAUUAUAUAUACCAAUAAAAAUUUAAGCAUUGACAUUUAAAUUAAAAUCACUAAAUAUAUUGUACCAUAAGUAUCUUGUAGUGAUAGCCCAUUGGAUCAAACCUGAGCCACCAACAAUAUUUGAUAAGUAUAAACUUCCAUAAAUUGGUAAAAAUUUACAAAUAUUAAGAAUCGAGGAAGUAUACAAUAAAUUGCAUUUUGGAAAUGAAAAAAACAUAAAAAAGCAAGUGGCUUACACUGAAUAGAGUAGUCAAUUGCUUGAUAUGUGGUUUGCAGUUUUUAUCCUUUUCUAUGCAAAUUGGUUCAUUGUUUCUUGUGCGCAUCGGUUAUUAACGGUUUUGAUUCAACUGAUCGUAUAAAACUUAGAGCCAAUUUUGAAAGAGUAUAAAAUAAUUAAAGCGUUAAUCAACAUAACACUAAUUAUAUUUACACUAAUUUAUUUAAGCAAUUAGUUGAACGUACCAUUUUAUCAUCUUUACGCCAUUUCCCUUUUCACUCAAAGCCCAUAUAAACAUUACUAAUAAUAGCAACGUACAUUUCUAGGUUAACUCUAGAUAAUGUCAAUUUAAUUAAUCAUUAUUUUACUCAAUAAUCCAACAUUAAUCGCAAAGUUUUCAACUAUAAAUACUUUAUAUAAUCUCAUGCAUUCAUAAUUCAUACCAAAAAGUAAUUUCAUUACCUAUACACGAUCAAAUCAAAAAAUGGAUAUGAUGUUAAAAAACCUUGCAAUAUUUACAUGCUUAAUUGUCGUAACCCUAGCAAUUUCCCAAUUGUGCCAUGCACAAAAUUCGGCACAAGAUUAUGUUAACGCCCACAACACUGCUAGGAGUGCGGUGGGCGUUGGAAACAUACAAUGGAAUGAGACGGUGGCGGCCUACGCCCUGCAAUACGCCAAUCAGAGAAAGGCCGAUUGUGCGAUGCAACAUUCGAGUGGGCCUUACGGAGAAAAUCUUGCGGCAGGUAGCGGCUCUUUCAUGACGGGCACUUAUGCAGUACAAAUGUGGGUGAAUGAGAAGGUGUAUUAUGAUUAUAAUACUAAUACUUGUGCUGCUAAUAAGGUAUGUGGGCAUUAUACACAGGUGGUUUGGCGUGACUCGGUUCGUGUUGGAUGUGCUAGGGUUCAAUGUAACAAUGGUUGGUAUUUUGUUACUUGCAAUUAUGAUACGCCAGGUAAUUAUAUCGGACAGAAACCGUACUAAUUAUCUGGGUAGGUUUCCAAUUUCCAAAAAAAUUUAUUAUAUAAAU